CAGACCUUUCAGGACUCCGGCACAGCAUCCAGCCCAGCUUACCCAGUGCGAUCCUCUGGCAGCACAGCCUCCUGCCUUCAUGCUGUCCCCCUCUGACACUAUCCUCCUCCUUCUGUCACUUUGGUCGUUGAACAUUGGAAGCUGUGACCACCACUAUAAUGAUCCGAAGAACCUGAAUACUGAGUUUGCCCUCAAUCUUUUCCAACGCUUAGCAGAGCUUGAUAACAGAACUAACCUUGUUAUUUCUCCAGCAAGCAUUUCUCUUUCCUUGGGACUCCUGCAGUUUGGUGCUCAAGGGAACACCUUUGCCCAGCUGAAGCGUGCUCUCGGAUACAACACUUGUGAUCAGGACAUGCGGGAGUUCUUGCACAAGGUGUAUAAAGAAGUAACCAACUCCAAACAGGGCCCUGUAGCCCAGUUGGCCUGUGCCUUUUUUGUACAGGCUGGAAUACGUCUUUCGCCUCAGUUUCUUCAGCAUGUUGCCUUUUGGGCAAACAACAUAGUGCAGCAAACUAACUUCAGCGAGCCCAACAGGACUGCAACACAGAUAAAUGAAUGGAUCGCCACAAAUAUUGGAGAUGGAGAAGAAAACUGCCUGUCCUUGGAGACCAUUGAUUCUCCCCUUAACCAGGUAGCAGUGGUGAGCACCAUGUACUUCAAAAGCACUUGGCAAAGGAAAUUCACCUUCACAGAUACCCAGUCCUUGUCCUUUACUACUACAGAAGGCAUUACUCUGAAAGUGCCUACCUUGUAUCUCUGUGCAGAAGUCAAUUAUGGUGAAUUUCUAAUAGAUUCUCUGGAACGGAUCAGUGUAAUUGAAUUGCCCUAUUUGGGGGAAACAGUCAGUAUGUUUGUAGUUCUUCCAUCCAAUCGAAGGAUGUCUCUAGCUGCAGCUGAAUCAUACCUCUCAGUUCAAACCUUCCCACUGUGGUCCAAUAGCUUGAGAAGAACAAAGAUGGAUAUCUUUCUCCCCAGAUUCAAGAUUCAAAACCACUUGGACCUAAAGAUGGUUUUACCUGCAUUGGGAAUCACAGAUAUGUUUGAUCCAGUUAGGGCAGAUUUUAAAGGCAUUUCAGAACAAGGAAAUCUUUAUAUCUCAGAAGCCAUCCACAAAGCGAAGAUUGAAGUGACAGAAGAUGGUACAAGAGCCUCGGGUGUUACAGCUAUGGUGUUGCUAAAAAGAUCCCGGGCUCCUGUCUUCAAAGCCGAUAGACCUUUUAAUUUCCUCCUAUGGCAAGCCAGUACAGGUUCAAUUCUCUUCAUAGGAAGACUUACAAAUCCUACAGAAUAAGCAUGUCAAAGCCACAUGUCCAUCUCUUUGCUUUCUCAUAUCAUUAAAUCACACAAUGCUUUG